AUGCGUCUCGAUUUGAUUCUCCUCAUGGCAGCUAUCAAACAAUUUCGCUGUGUCGAUACACUGUCCGCUUGGCCAACACCAGCAUUUGCACAACCAACACAGUCGAAUAGACAUACUUUUCCUGCCCAACGGUCGCUGCGAGACGGCACGGAGGCAGACGCAGAGGAAAGGGGUUUCAAGGAGUGGACAUCUAAGGCUGCCAAAAUGUUUGGAUUAGGUACCUCAAACUAUGAGUCUUUGUCGAGAACUUUCACGGAGGAUGAAGCGAUAUUGAAGCGACUGAAGCUUCAUAAGUCUACUAAUUGGCUAAGAAGUAAGAAAUUAUUCAAAUAUAGGGAUGAAAUGAUAGAGAAAUAUGGUAAUGACGAAGCGUAUGUUGUAAUGGCGGAUGUUUUGUCUACUUGGCGCGGUGAAACAACAUUUUUGCUUGAUUUGGCAGCUGGCAAUGCGGAACCAAUUGCAAAACGAUUAGGGACGGCGAUGGGGACAGUUUGGCUCAAUCGAAACAAGGAAGAGGGUGAAAUCCUCCGUUUAUUGUUGUCUCUCACAACUCCUGAUGAACCAAUAUUUACUGGGAAAAAUUUGCUAGACCAUCCACUCUUCUCUAUGUGGAUCGAUUUUGUAACUUUGAAGACCAAGGACACAAAUAACUUCGAUGAAGUAUUGGCGAAGGUGUUUAUGUCUACCUUAAACGAUGAACACAUUAGUAAUACGUUGGAAGCUGCACGGAAGGAAAGAAAUUCCCAGGUUGCGUUUGGAUUGGAGAUAGCAUCCCUGGAGAGACGUAAGGGCGCACUAACCUUAGCACAGUCUUUUGAAUAUUUGAAUCUGAACUACCGUUCUCUCGAAUUCCAGUUACGCAACAAAAAGUUCAAGUAUUGGGUUGAUUAUGUCGGGGAUGAAGAGGCGGUAAAGUUUCUUGUAAAUCUUCCCAAAGAUUUUGCCACUGCAUCACCAAAUACUCGCAAAGAAAUAGAUACUGCGAAAAGAUUGGAAUCGGCUCGACGAGAUACACACGCGGCUGCACUUGCGGAAAGACUACAAAAUGCGCAGAUGAAGGCUUGGACAGAGGGGGAAGACUUCGCAACAGUGGCGCAGGUCUUCGACAAAUUGAGCAAUGGCGAAGGUUUUAUUAGCUAUGGUGAAGUUCUACCAACGUUUGACGUGUUGGUUAGGUUUGCGAAAUAUGUAAACAACGAUGAGAAAGUGGCCAUGAAAGCACUAGUUCAGGCUUUCGUUAGUGAGAAGGGUGAAUACGGAAGUAUUAUUACUUUGCUAACAAAACUUUCCAACAUGAAAGAGCCAAAUCCUAACGAAUCGGCUUUAAUGGAAGCGGUAACAAAUUCGUGGAAAGAUGAUGCAAUGGAUCCAAAGGUCGCUUUGUCAAUGUUGCCGAUUAACCCAAAAGAUCCAAAGCUGCUCAAUACUUCGACCUUUAAAAUGUGGAGCGACUAUAUGAAGCAGAACUUCCAUGACUCCGAAAAUCAAAUGACAGCGAUACUAUUCGAGAAAUUUGACCCUUACGAGUUUGCAUUGAUAGUGGGAAAUGCCAAACACCUUGAUGUUAAAGAUGAAGUGCUUGUGAACGCAUUACAAAAGUAUCAGGAGAAUUGGGUGCAAAACAACUGCCCAACUGUAGAAGACGCUUUCAACUAUCUGAAGGUCGACCAAGGCGGUAGAGGAACAGUUUUUCCUCUUAGCGAAAAAACUGCCACCUCAUCGUCGUUGGAAAAGCCACCUAGUGAUUCGCUGAUAACUACUCCAGUUUUCAGAAUGUGGUUCACUUAUAUGAACAACCUCCACGGCGAUAAGGCAGAUGAACAAAUGGUGCUUUUUCUGUCGAAGCUUUACGAUACAGACAUGCGAGGAUUCUUAAGGAUGCUAGAGACCAAGAGUUGGCCGGAUCUUGUCAUUACAAAAGAUGCUGCCAUUACAAAAGAUAUUGCGACAAAACUACAGAAUGCGCACCUACGUAUCUAUAAGGAACAACAAGAAACACCAAUUUUGGCGAUGAUGGACUUGUUACAUCUCAACACAAACAUGCAUCAGAUUUUGCAGUACGAUCACGUUGACAAUCGAAUCAUGAUCAAACUUGUGAAACACCUUCAAGAUCCCGACAAUAAGAAGGGUAUGACGGACGGAGCGGCUAUUGCGAUUGCAUAUGCAGACAUUUUUCCAACGGCGUCGCUAAAGAGAAUAUUAAGAACUGAAAAAGCCGUGAGCACCUCGUCGAAUAGAGACGAGAAGGAUAGGUACCAGUAUAUCUCGGAUGCGCUGAAUAAGAUUUUGGUAAUUCUCAACGAGAAAAAAACGAAGCUUGCUUUUGGGAGAUGA